AAUGCCCCUUCGUUACUUGUGCUCAACGCCUCCCACUCAAUCACACCCAACAUCUGCACGAUACUGACAAUACAUGUUCCUCCAACCUGCUGUUAUUCAUGAUGUCGCGGAAGAAGACUCGUGGCCAGGCCCUGUCAAGAAAUUGGCAUCGCAACUUCGUGAACCUCUCCCUGGUUAUGCUAGCUCUGCGUCCCAUCUUCAAAAUUUGCAAAUUGUUGCGGGCCUCCCUUAUGAACUUGAGGCCAACACACGAACAUCUGAACUGAUGCCAUCCUCUCAAACAGCUCCCACAACCUUGAAUGACGUCCUCACUUUCGUACUCUCAAUCGUUGCUUCUGUACGACAUGCUACCGCUGAUUCAGAUGCAAUCGGAAUACCAAGACACAUCUCUCCGCUCAUAUAUACACUCUUUCUGGCAUUGAGCCAUUUUGAUAGAGAUGCAUGUCGACUGAGCCAAGUACCCUUCAUACUACCUCGCAUCAAAGGCGUUGCGAUGAUCUUUGAAGAUGCAGCUGAGGACGCGUUGAAAGUGGACGGGAUCGCAACUUUCCUGUCCUGUAUCGCUGUUCCUCAAUGUGACCAGCCUUCGAAUGUUGAUACUGAAACGACUCAAAAACCAGACCAUCCCGCUACUGAUCGGAUUCUAUCUAUGAGCGAAGAGUCUGUUGCGGCACAUGCAGCGCUAUACUUGCCUUCAGAUGAUGAAGAUGAAGAAAUGGUCGAAGAUCGUCCUGAAAUGUCUCGAAAAGUCACUGUCCCUGUUCUGGAUGUACCGUUCGAUGCUCACGUCCUUCCUGGGCGUGGUCUGCGGUCCUGCGCGGUGCUCCCUAUUCUUGCCGUGGCUGAUCUUGAUAAUAUCGAACCGCUUUUGUGCAGCAUCCUAUAUCAACGAUUCGUUUGGGGUAUUGACGAGCCCGUAGUUGGCUUUGCUGUGUCCGAAUUUGAUCCAAACUUGCCAUUAUAUUUCGGAUGGAUAGACAUACAGAAUAAUAAACCCAUCGUAAAUAUCUGUCGACCGUCCAUACAUGUGGCGUUUAACCCUGCUAUCGGUUUGUUUAACAUGGCAGAUCCUUAUUCAGCAUGUGUUCUUGCCCAAUUUCUUCUAAGCUUACAAUCACAGUACGAUGCUGUUAAGGAGUCCGCUGCUCAGCUUCGCUUUAACCGUCUUUGCUGGCGCUCCGAUCAUAGGGAUGAUGAUGAGCAAGCACUGGGCGGUAUAGGAAGUGAUCAAAACUCCAGAGUACCGCAGUGGCUUCAAUCACUUCCCCGAAGAUUUGACAGUUCAAAUGACAAGAUUAUUCAUAGUAGACGUGCAACCAUCCAUGUCUGCAUCAAAUCGGAAACGAACCAAGAUGUUUUCCAGGAAGACACUGUCUCAUCUGACGAACUGAAUGAAGAAAAUUGGGCCGAGGCGUCCCCCAACUGGCUUCAAUAUCGCGAAGAUAUCGACAGUCAGACUUCAUAUAUAUCCGCGUCGAGCACAUCGUUCGUCGUCAGAAGGCGGUCCCCCCAGAGACGCGACGAUGAGUUUUUGUUUGCCGCCUGGCAUACAGAGAGGAAUGUGGCGAUGAUCGGCCAGAUGUAUCAGGACAAUAAACAGCCUGACUGCCACGAAAUCAAUGAAAUGGUUGACCUUUAUCGGUCUACACUUCAGUUCGCGUGGCCGAAGGAAUGGGAUAACUUGGUGAGUCCCUGCAGGAAUUCGUAUCUAUGUUGGCCAACAACAAGGAUGAACUGGUGACAAGGCAUGAACCUGUGAUGGAUCUUCAUCCGGAUCUCGUAUCUCUUUUACACGCGCGAAUGCGCACUACGUUGCCCUGUCUUCUCGCCUUGUCAACGACAACUCUCGAGGAAGAACUUCGUGGUCAAUACAGGUGCAAGAACUUGUGCUCGCCACUCUGGGAGGCUCUUUUUCAACUUUUCUAUGUGCGAGAAGACGCGACCGACGCCUCCAAUCUCACCAUAUCUCAGCCGGGCAUCAACAUGAGCCACAAUAAGGCCGUUGAUAUGCUUCUGAACAAUGAUGAGACUCUUGUUCGAAAGUUCCUGAAGGACCUCGUUUCAGAGUGCAUGAAACGUUACGGACAGAUAGGCAACCUGCCUGAACAUCUGCAAAUGGAAGGCGUCGCCGCUGCGAUGAAGGCGAGGGCUGUAUAG